AUGGUUGGUCUCACGUCUUGCACCAUCAAGAAAACAGGACCUCGCCAAACCUCAAGUGGGCAUGUUGUUUCUGGUACCAAUAAAUCGCAAAAGACAGGCAAUGGUGGCAUGAAGUCAAGAAAAGACCUUCCCGUUGGCCAAAGUAUUGGACUUGAAUUCAACGAACCGCUUAAUAAUCCAAACUGGCGAAGUAGACGCCCCCCUGAUGAUCUAGGGAGCCCGACAAUGACGACGCGGAAGCAUGCGGAAGCGCAGAACCAUCACGAUACUCUUUCUACGCUCGUAUCAUGUCAAAAAGCCUCAUCUUUCCAAUCUUAUGCACUAAACACCGGCCCUGAAGAGCUGCUUCGACACCCCCAAGUCGAGUUUGGACGCUCGGCCGAGCCUAACCACUACGCUAACAACGACAAUUCAAGAUGGUGCCAGUACGAUAGCUUACCAGUGAAUCAAGGAUCUAACAGUCAUUUCUUUGACGUAGUAGAACACACCAGAUUGUAUGAUCAAGGGGUGGGACGGCGCAGGCUUGACUUGUUUGGCGUGAGAGGCAGCCAAGACUCCCACCAUGGAAACCCAAGGUGCAUUUUGACCAGGGUAUCCUCUGGUGACGAAAGCAUUGACGAUGGAUUUAUUCAGAUGAUAUCGCGACAACAUACUCUAACGCCAGAUGAAAGUCAAGGGUAUCAACUGAUAGCCGCUCUGAACGCAACCGAGCCCACACCACAAAAGGGCUGCGGGUCGUCCAUCCGUAGCCAUGAUGAAUCGCAACAGAAGUCCGGUCUUUCAGAGCAAAGCAAUUCCCACACAGAUACAAAAAGUGGCAAUUUCAGGUCAUUUAGAGUUGAUUCAAAGGACUCCGGGUUUUCACUAUCCUCGGGUAGUCACCAGGACUUCAAUAUCGAUCAUGACAUUCAAGACCAAAGGACUUCAAAUAUUUCAGAGGAUCAGAAAUAUGCUUUGGAACAAAAGGAUAUUGCGUUUCAAAAGCUAAUAAAACGGCUAAAUGGGUCCGGGCCGCAAGACAAGAAAUCGGUUGAACUGAGCCGUGACAGCGGAUAUGAACAUGAUUCCAUCCGGCAAGACAGUCAAGCUGAGCUUCCACAGGCGGCACUCACGACUGAGAAAAGCCAGCCAACACACGAAACCAGAAGGCGGGUUCAUACUGCAUCGGACUUUGCAGUUGGGUACUGGCCCAGAUCUGGAUCCCAACGAGAAGACCAUUCCACAGACUCUGGUAAUGGCGAGGCGAUGGAGAAAAGUAAUACGCUAAAUCCAAAGGCCAGAGAGUUCCUAUCAUUUUCGCAAAGUGGUGCGAGGAAGCAAGGAAAGGCGCGGCGUCCAGCGUUGCUUUCGUUUGACAUCUCAAAUGAAGAGCAGAUAGGUGGUGAUUCAUCGCGCGAGUCGCCUUCUCCUGAAGCUCAGCAUAAAGUGCCGGUGGUCCCCGUCAGUCAAUUUGGCUCUACCACUGGAACAUUGCCGGUAUCGACUUUGAAUACUCCAAGUAUUCCUCUCCUUUUUCAGCCAUUCCCAGAUUCGACUACCGCUAUAUUGGGAUUGAUUCCACUCGUUCAAGACGCCUAUAAACCCGUGACGGGGCAGACGGGAACCUGGCCGAGUUGUUUCCCAGGUUCAAGCCUCUCCGAUUAUGGCAAAGUGCCUGUGGCAGAUACUUAUGAGCCUCGCUCGGUACAGAACCCUUUAUUUCACGGAUUUUCUGCCAUUUCUUCGUCCACCAAGAUGGGUGUGCCGAAUCCUAGUGGUGCUUCCACCAUGAACCCAGCAACAAACUCUCUGCCGCGCCGAGUCCCGAAGCCGAAACAACCCAAUCCAAGGGAUCAACAGGAGUACGAGGCUUGGGUUGAAUGGAGAAAGGCGACAGAGCCAGGCUACGCCAUGGCUUGCAAGCUCAGACAACAGCGACGAGCUCAGCGCAAUGGAUCAAAAGUAAAACAAGCCCCUUGA